AAGCUAGCCCACCAAUGUUAAGAACCAGACCCGUACUAAAGCUAGUACGAUGGUAUUCCCUACCAAAUAAGCAAUCUACACUUGCAAAAUUCAAAUUCCCCAAUGCAACUUCCACAAUACAAUCCAUAACAAACGACUUACCCACCUAUUUAAACAACCAACAACUCAAAGUCACCUUGCACGGACACAUGAACCGUAAGCCGAGAAUCCGCCCGCAAUUGGGGUUUGCAUUCUUGCGUGAUUCCAACGGCGACGAGGUUCAGUUAUUGGCCACCCCUGAAACGACAGAUGGGUCUGUGUUUAGCCUCAUGGGUAAACUACUCGUCGAAGAUUCAGUUAGUGUUACUGGGUAUGUGCAGUCCAAGGUCCAGCCCAAGGAACAAAGCACCAGCAGUCCAGUAAGUGAUUGGGAGCUUGUCAUUGAAGACUUUCAAAUCUUAAACUCGUCAAAUUCCGAUGCUUCAAAAUUAGACAAGUUGAAACAUUCCAAUCCCAGCGAAUUACCUCCACAAUAUCGAUACUUGCAAUUACGUACGCCAGCAUACCAAAAUGCCUUGCGGAUCCGAAGCAAAGUGGCACAACUAAUCAGGAAUGUAUUCAUUGACAACCAUGACUUUGUCGAAAUUGAAACACCGCUCCUCUUUAAGUCGACGCCUGAAGGUGCCAGAGAGUUUUUAGUGCCCACGAGAAGUUAUAACCUGUUUUAUGCAUUGCCGCAAUCUCCACAACAAUACAAACAAAUCUUGAUGAGUUCCGGCUUUACCAAGUACUUUCAAAUCGCGAAAUGUUUUAGAGAUGAGGAUUUGCGUAGUGAUAGACAGCCCGAGUUUACGCAGAUCGAUAUGGAGAUGAGUUUUAUUAACAGUUCGGAUCAAGUGGGUAUUGUUGUUGAGGAUCUUAUUAACAGCAUUUGGAAUAAGGUGGGAAAUAAAACAACUUAUACCGUAAACAGCGAGGGAUAUUUACAGAAGAUUGUCCACAAACAGGAUAAGUUACAGUUUUCCAAGUUGGACUACGUAACUGCAUUGACGAAAUAUGGAAUUGAUAAACCUGACUUGAGAUCAAAUUUGUCAUUCACCAGUCUUGAAAAGUUCUUCACUGCCAAGGAGAAUCUGGAAUUUCCUGUCCUAGAACUUUGUGUGUUGAAACAAGCAUUUAAUCCUGAGCACAAGUACAAAUUACCAAAACUGUUUACCGAUGACAUUUCAUUCAAGCUGAGAAAGCCAUAUGUCUGGCCCGUUAAAGAUGACCGUAUAGUUACAUCAUGGUAUACCAAACUAAUCGAUGCUGGUGUAAUCAUCCCUACUGAAUCGUUCAAUGAAGAAGAGUUGGUGCGUACGCUUAACUUACAGCCCGGUGACAUAUUUGCCGUAUCUACUCGUGCUGAAUUCCCCUAUGAGAAUCCAACUCCAUUGGGCAGAUUCAGACAAUUGGCCAUGCAGGAAUUCCCCAACAAGUGGCAUCGUCCUAUUGUUCAACCUGAUGGAACAUUACUUGAAAAGUACGAUUUUGAUGAUGUAAUUGUUGGAUCAUGGGUGGUUGAUUUCCCAUUAUUCAAUCCUAAGGAAGUCCAGUCAGAAGACAAGUAUCCAAGGUAUGAUUACACCCAGUUUGAAUCAACACAUCAUCCAUUCACCAUGGCAAAACUUGAAGAUUAUGAUUUGUUGUCAAGUGAGCCAUUAAAAGUACGUGGUGAGCAUUAUGAUUUAGUCAUCAAUGGAGUUGAAAUCGGUGGUGGAUCCCGAAGAAUUCAUGAUCCAGAAUUACAAACGUACAUCUUUAAAGAAAUUUUGCAAAUUACAAACUAUCAAGCUUUGUUUGGACAUUUAUUAAAAGCUUUAAGUAUGGGCUGUCCCCCACAUGCUGGGUUAGCUUUGGGUUUCGAUAGAUUGUGUGCCAUGUUGAUUGGAUCAAACACAAUUAGAGAUGUGAUUGCCUUUCCUAAGAAUCAAUCUGGUGUUGACCCCGUAGUUGAAAGUCCAACCGGAGUUAGUGAAAAAGUAUUGAAUGAAUACUUUAUUACAACUAAGCAAUGAACUGUAUAUAAUUUUACCUGUAUAUAAAUAUAGAAUCAACGUCUUCUUCCUCUAAGCUUCUGUUUCUUUUCAUGAGUAGAACCAAGUUCUUGUUCCAACUUACGUUUAGCGUAUCCACUUUCGGCGCGUUCUGCUUCCUCUUCCUUUCUCUUCUUUUCUUCAGCCAACUUCUCCAACUUCAAUUCGAUUGGUUUCUUGGUUCUUUCUUCGGUUUCGCCAAAGUAUUCAGUUUCUUGUUGUUUAACGAGGGACUUCCAGUCGUACUUCUUUCUCGUGAAUAAUUCCAUGGACCAAUUCUUCCAUACUAAUCGUCCGUAUGUGCUCUCCUUGACUUUCUUUGAUUCGCUGAGUAACUCACUGGCGAUUCUAUCCUUGUACAUUGGCAACAAAAUCGUGAACUUCCAUAAAGUAUCGACAAUAUGGGAACCAUAUGAAUUACAACUCAACUCGACGAUUUUUCCUUGGAAGAUAUUCAACAAUCUCUUUCUGAGAAUGAGGGUAGGCUUGGGCUCACCUUCCAGUGCAGGAAUAACUACCAAGGAUUGUUCAACAACGUGGGAAAACACACCGUGGAAACACAUUUGGAUGAAUUUUUCAAUGGGUAAAGCCAUGAAAUUCAACCACACACAAACGACGAAUUUGUAAUCGUACUCCAUAAGCUUUUCGAGAAAGAGUGAUCUCUUUCUUUCCUCAGCAGUGGGCCAGUCCCCGCGUGUGUUACCCAAAGUAGAGCCGGUUAACUGAAGAACAUUCUCGAGGAACUCGGUGGAACUUUCAACUGGGUUGUCUAAGUUAUAGUUUGGCGCAAACUUUUUGAAUAAUUGUGAGAUAAUCUCAUCACGACGGUAAUUCCCGCGAGAAAUACUGGCGUCGAUUAACUUUUGAGCUAAAUCUAAGUUAUGAGUUUCGGAAACACUAAUCAAGUUUGAGAAUUCUGGAAUGAUUUCAUCAAGAAUGAACUCGACUUCCACAGGCUUCAACUUGAAGAGCAAUGCUUGGAUGAUAUAUACCCCAGUAGUUGACCUAUUGGCCAAUUUCAAUACACGGUCCUUCAUGUAAAGCUUGUAUAAUCGUUCAAUAUAUUUUGGUCUGGCACCAUCAUUCUUAAUCACGGCCUCCAAGAAGUGGGAUCCAACUGGGUCACUCAACAAGUACUCGACAAAUGCUUCUUCAGUUCCAUUCUUGUCUUCAUUAUCCUUACAGAAAAUCAAAUGCCAGAAUGUUCUUUCUCGAUCAACCAAUCCUUCCACUUGCACCAAGAGUUGCAACACGGGAGAAGCAACUUUAUCAAUACACAACUCCCUGGCCCGCUUCAUAUCCACGUCCUUAGCUAUAAUACUGGAAUACUCGCGCAACUCGUUCUUGAAUGAAGGUGGUGUCGAGUAUGCACUGUUGAAAUCCUCAUUAUCCUUAAUCUCGAUCAUCUUUCUGGCGAUCUUGGACUUCUUAGAUCUUAAGAU